GCGGCGGAAACCGAACUCCUAUUCGCCCGCCGCGGCCCCCGCCGCCGUUCACGGAAAAACCCGAACCGGAUCGGAACCCGGAACCCGAACUCCUACGCGCCCGCCGCGGCCCCCGCCACCCCCGCCGCCCUCUUCACGGAAAAACCCGAACGGAAUCGGAACCCGAACCCGAAACCCGAACUCCUACGCUCCCGCCGCCCCGCCACCCCCGCCGCCCUCUUCACGGAAAAACCCGAACCGGAUCGGAACCCGGAACCCGGAACCCGAAACCCGAACUCCUACGCGCCCGCCGCGGCCCCCGGCCAUGAACUACCUGCGGCGCCGCCUGUCGGACAGCAACUUCAUGGCGAAUCUGCCGAACGGGUACCUGGGAGACCUGCAGCAGGCCCCGCCCCCUCCUCCUCCUCCUCCCCCUCCCCGUCCCGUGAGCCCCGGCGGGGGGGCCGCAUCCGGGUCCUCCGCGGCCGCCGCCGCCGCCGUGACGUCAUCGUCAUCCGGGUCUUUGGCCGGGACGACAUCCGGGUUCUUCUCGUCGCUGUCGAACGCGGUGAAGCAAACGUUCGGCGAGCAGGCCGGGGGCGGGGCUUCCGGGGCCGGGGGCGGGGCCUCGGGUCCUGGGGGCGGGGCCUCGGGGCGCGGAGGCCCCGCCCCGUCCGCGGUGCGGGUCCUGCUGGUGGUGGACGAGCCGCACACGGAGUGGGCCAAAUACUUCAAAGGGAAGAAAAUCCACGGGGACGUCGACAUUAAAGUCGAGCAACCCGCGCGCAGGUCCCUGCAGCCCGACUUCGUGCUCGUGCGCCAGCCCGCGUCCAGCCUGGGGCGCCAGCGCGACUUCCGCGGCCUGGUCAUCGGCCUGCGCUAUGCGGGGAUCCCCAGCGUCAACUCCCUGCACUCCGUCUACAACUUCUGCGACAAGCCCUGGGUGUUCGCCCAGAUGAUCCGGCUGCGCAGGACGCUCGGCGCCGAGGAAUUCCCGCUCAUCGCUCAGACGUUCUACCCCGACCACAGGGAGAUGGUCAAGGUCGACUCCGCGCAGGGCUUCCGGGACGCCGCGGGCCUCGUGGCGCUCACCCGCACGUACGCCACGGCCGAGCCGUUCGUCGACGCCAAGUACGACGUGCGCGUGCAGAAGAUCGGGCGCAGCUACCGGGCCUACAUGAGGACGUCGGUGUCUGGGAACUGGAAGACAAACACGGGGUCGGCCAUGCUGGAGCAGAUCGCCGUGUCGGACAGUCCCGCCCUCGUGUCCGGGGAUGUCGGCGUGGUCGGCUCCUCCAUGCCGCUCCUCGGUGACCACCAGGACGAGGACAAGCAGCUCAUCGCGGAGCUGGUGGUGGAGAAGAUGGCGCAGGCUCUGCCUCGGCAGCGGCAGCCGCGGGAGGCCCACGGCCAGGUCAGGGCCCUGCUGAUAUUAUUUAUCCAUUUAUUAUGC